UUCCGCUCUUCAGCAGAAACGAGCGACUUAUCUUGUCGCCUAGCAACAACACAACUCUACGGUGAUCUACACAGCGGAGGAGAGGCUGACGUCUGCAGCGGGAGUAGAUGGCGGAAGUCCACAUAAUCGGACAGAUCGUCGGCGCCAGCGGCUUUCCGCAGCACAGCUUGUUUUGUAAAUGGGGAGUGCACACAGGGGGAGCCUGGAAGUUGCUCUCGGGGACGGUGGAAGGUCAGACGCAGGUCGACAACCCUCAGAAUGAAGACGAGGCUUUCUGGUCCCAUCCUAUUGACAUACAUUUUGCCACCAAAGGAUUGCAAGGUUGGCCCAAGUUACAUCUUCAGGUUUGGCAUCAAGACUCGUUUGGUCGGAACGAGCUUUACGGAUACAGCUUCCUGCACAUCCCUUCUUCUCCAGGAACACACUCGUUGCUGAGCCCCACAUGGAGACCCUUGGGGACCUGGCAGGAACAGAUUUCCCAGAUAUUCGUCGGGGGUGGCCCACAGCUGAAAUCACCAAACCUUAUAUAUGGAGGAGCGGACCGGUACCGUCUGCAGACCACAGCCAUGGGGCAGGUACAUCUGGAACUCACCGUUAUCCUCAGGAACUUUGAUCAAUUUGGGGUGGAGUGCUAGUUCUAGGAUACCUGAUGUAACACCACCACGAUGAUGGCAGAGGGUCCAGGAACUGAUAGAAGAUUCUCCGUCAGCAGAGACCUCCAGUGUUGUCCUCCUUAUAAUCGUACAGCAUCGCCCCCUAGUGUGAGGCUUAGAGAUGAGCACUUCUAUGAACUCUUCAGUGUAUGAUAUAUACCCCACACCUAGACUGGCUGAAGAACAGUUACACCGACAACACGAUGGACUGUCCUUCUUUUAUGU